AUGCUGCAAUUUCAUUUAAUGAGAAUCGUUGAAAAAAUGUUGAAAAGCAGUUACGAUUUUUUUCAUCAAAAAAAACUAAGAUUAAAAACACCUGAAGAACAGCGAUUAAACAAGCCAACAUUAAACGUAAGACAGCAAAUAAUAGAUGACUUAAAUGGCAAAGAAGAGUCUAAUUACGUUCGUAUAGAUCCACAUUUUGACCGUGCAUAUGAACAAUAA